AUGGCCGUAAGGCGGGACGGGAUGACGAUCGCCAACGUCAACUCCUUCCUGGAGAUGAGCGGGGCAGACAGAGAAGCCGGCGAGAUCGUGAACGCUGCGGGGAUAAAGAUUUCGGAUCCGGUGCAGGAGCCAGGAUACGGCAGGACGGUCGACGUGGUCAAGCUAAGGGAAGAUCUUCUGCUAAAGUUGCAGAAUGAGCGGUCGGAAGAAGUGGGUGGUCUGCGCGCGAAGCAGAAACAGAUAAUGUCAGACAAGAAGGGUCGCGAGGCGGAGUUACUGGAGCUCCAGAAGGCGGAAGAGAGCCACCGCGAGCUGCUGCUGAAGGAUAGGGAUGAGAGAAAUAAGAUAGCAUCUCAUCUGGUGGAUAUGGAGGAGGAGACGAGGCGCGAACUCGCCUCCCUACAGCGCGAAAGAGAGCUGCUACAGGAAAAAGAGAAGAACAACGAAGCCGCAAUCGACGAGGUGGCGAUAGCAGAGGUGUACGGGAAGAGGGCGGGGACGCUACAGGAGGAGCAGACGCGGCUCCAGCACGAGAUACAGAGCGUCGACGAGAGAAUCCAAAAGGCGCGGAAAAAUGGCCUUGCUCCGGCGAAGGGAGCGGACGACGCGCUGGCGGCUCUGAUGACCGAGGCGGGGAUGGAAGAGCAAGCAACCCGCUUGCGUAGACUGAAGGGAGACUUCGAGAAGCAGCACGCCGAGGACGUCAGCGGUGCUUUUAUCAAAGACUACGAAGGGGUGGAAGCGAAGACCCGGAAAGCACUCAAGAAUAGCGCAAAGCUCCUUGAAGGCCGAACAGGGGAGUACGCGGAGGCAACUGCAGACGCUUUCCUGGACGAUUGGCUCAAGACCGACGCUGACCGUGCGCGAGAGGCCGCCGCCGCCGCCGCCGCUGCUGCGGCAGGCGGGAGACUGCUAUCGCCGCACGACAACAUCCCUGCCAUCGAUCGUACAAUAGGUGCUGCGUCGACGGGUGCAGAUGCUACGGGGCAAGGCGGGGUAGGUCGUCGCUUGUCAGCGACCCGCAACGGUACAACUGCCCACGAGGGCCACAAAAAGAAGAGGCGCUCGAGUCGUGACCGCGGCCAUGGGAACGGACACUACACUCGACGGCGAAGCAGUGGAGGCAGGAAGAUCCACAGGAAGGGGCGCACAUCGCGCGAUUCUGCCGGGACUUCGAGCGCGGGCAGCAGCGAUUCUGAAGGAGGCCGAUCCAACGACCACGUGGCGGGACACGGGGUUUCGCACGGCAGGCAUGGUGGUGUUGUUGGAGGGCAAGGCGGUAAUCAGCAGCGUCGCCGAAACGCCGCCGUGGGGCCGAUCUCCCCCCCAAACGGCGUUGCUCCCGCCGCUCCCGCCGACAGCCAGCCGUCAGCAGCGGAGCAUCACCACCACCGCAAUCGGGCGGGCGAACAUCGUGCGCCUAACGAGCGGCUCGCUGGCGAACACCGUAGCGAUAAGAGCGGAGAAGGCGGUUCCGACGGGGGAGACGCGAGACCAGCAGCGCAACAACCUGAAUCGAUAUCCUUCGGUCAAGCCGGACGAGAAGACGAGGAGCAGGAAAGUUUGAGGCGGGCCAAGGACGACAGCGCACAACUUCGCGCUACAGUGGAGCGGCUGGAACGCGAGCUAAGUUCCGUGAAGGCCGGUACAAGGAUGGGUGCAGGAGGCGUGGUGGGGGCUCAGGGUGAAGGCUUCGGAUUGGCUGGAGGCAGCGGAGGGAGUAGGUGGGGCCCGCCAACGGAUACAACGGCGGGCGCUCCAUGGAUGGCAGGCGGGAUGGCAGCUCCUGGCCUCCAGCAAUACCUGGCCUCUCUCGACGCAGAAAACGCCCGCAUGAUGGCCGAAAUCCAAGGACUGUCCAGCGGUGGCGCGGGCGGCGGUGGGCAGCAGUUCGGCCUCACGGGCCUAGGGGGUGACGCCAACGUGGGGCUGUCAACGAUGUUCCCUGGACCAGCAGGUGCGACGGCAGGGAAAGGGAUGGCGGCGGCGGGGUACCUCGGCCCCGGCUUGCACGGAAACGGACGUGGUCCGCAGGUGGACGGGAGCGGAGAGCAGGGGGAGGGGGGCGGCGGUAGCGCGAUCACCGCAGCUCGCAAGCGAAGCCGCGUGAACGGAGAAAAGGAACGGGUUGGGCCGGAAUGGGACGAGGAGCUUCCGGAGGCGGGCGGGGAGCCUCGUUCUCCUCGAAACAAGGAAUACCGCCGGAAGAUGAUAGAAAUGGACGCGGAACACAAGGAAGCGGUUAAGCGGCUGGAGUUCGAAAUGCAGAGGCUGGAGCUGGAGCAGCAGCUAGAGGACAUGCGCGAAAGGAUGGCGAGGGAAAAGAAGACUCGCCAGCAGGACGUCGCCCACGAGCAGUGGGUCACGGAACAGAAGAGGAACCUGCAGGCGAUCAAAAUACAAAAGACUCUGGCGAAAGAGCGACAGCUGAUAGAGGUGCAGCAGACGCUCACCGACGCCCGCGGAGGCGGGGUCGGCAACGGUGCCCUCGGCGGGGGCCGCCUCGCCGGAGGAGGAUUCGGCGAAGUAGCGGCAGCGCUGCAUGCUGCGGGCGGUUGGAGACCGGGGGUCGGGGGCAUCGUGCAGAGGCCGUACAACAAGGACCAGGGGUUCUGUGUGUUCUGGGACUACUUGACGGGAUUACCAAAGAGGAGCGGGAGCAAGGUCAUCGGGAAGGUUCGACUGGCGUUUGGGCUGUACAUUGGAAAGCGGCUUCACGGCAAGAUGCUCUCGACACCGUGGACGGACAUAGCGCCACGCGCGGUCAAGAACGGCAACACCGGAAAAGCGGAAACCUUCUCGAAACUUGAAACUCGCAGCACGUUCCCAGGGAUCCCCGUGCACUUGCAGACUAAGUUAGUGGUGGAACUGCAGUUCAAGGACGAGGCAGGGGUGCAGAGGAAGGGAGGGAAGGGGAACCUCGGGUGGGGGUGUAUUUACGUGUUCAAGCCCGAGAAAGGUAGCCCCCAUCGCCUGACGCUCCGAGCUGGUCUAACGAGACUCACCCUGUUCCCGGGGAGCGUGGAUCUGCGAAUCGCGAACGUCAACGACGACAAGUCGGCCGUAUCGCGAUCGACCCCAACGGCAGCGUUCAUCAGGUUAGUGCAUGGGAUGGACAUGAACCCGGCGGCGGCAUUCGUCGUAGACCCGGACACGCAGCACCUCUACGCAGCGUACGGCAGAGGAAACAUUCCACAGAUGGAGCGGCAGAAACUUAUGGCAGGGACAUUCUUGCGAGCGAUUCUGGCCCUAGGCAAGUUCAAGCGUGCCCUCGUGACGCACAAGCGGACAAGAGCGUCAGGAGGAGACGCAGCGAAAGACCAUCCUCCGUUGCGGAGAAGAUCGAGCAGUCCGUUGCGGCGGGGAUCGACCAGACGGACUUCGUUCAAGCUCCCCAGAACUGGUACAUUCUCGUCGGAGACCAGAUCCGAACCUCAAGCAGCCGACGGCACAGAUGGCACCGACGCAGAGGACGGGGAAGGAGCCAAGCAACCCAAAGCCGACAAGCAGCAGGCGUCGAAGCCGGACGAAAAACGGUCAGAGAGCCCAAAGAGCGAGGAAAGAGAUUCCGUUGAGGAGGAAGAUUCGGAAGAAGAUUCUGGAAGUGCGAAGGGCGGCGGACGUGAGACGAAGGAGCGGCGGCGAAGCAGCCUGUCGUCUAUCCAUUCGCAACUGGCGGGACAGAAGACAAUGGCGAGAAGAGCAAGCCUUAGCAAGCGCCGGCAGAGCACGGUCAGCAGACAGCCGUUCCUAAAGGGUGACGGCUUCGACAUUUAUAUUGACCGGGCCUGCGGCAUGCCGUACUCUUGCACCAUCACGAAAGUCGUGGUCAGGGUCAUCGGGGACGUGGGAAACGAGGGACAUUGUUCCGCCAUCAGCGAGGGUGAUAGCCCGAGCAACAACCCUGUCUUCGGGCUGCGGCAAGAGUAUCGCACCGGUCCAGAAAGCCGGAUGGACAUGACCAGCACGGUCAUGAUCCGGGUCGACACCCUCGACCGCUUUUCCUCCGAGCAUCGAGCUGUGGGGUACGCUCUCCUGGCGAUAUUCAUGGACCCAUCUGGAAAUCAGCCGACCAAUGCCAGUGCUGACGGGGCCUUCUUGCGGGAGGGGAACUAUCAGGUACCGAUAUACCAGAAGCCCCCACCCGACAUGCGCCGGGUGACGUCGCAAAGCCUCGACAGAUGCCUGAGGGUCCCGUGUGCCAGUGUUCUGGUUCGGGUGAAGCCGGCUUCGAAGUCUUCGGCGGGGAAAACUCUAAGCAGAGCGGAUGUUCCAGAAGACGAAUGGAAGCAUUUCGGACUUGCGCCACCUACUCCCCAGUUCUCCCCGGGCGUGUACGACAACUCGGACCUCGAACUGACGGAUUUGGAGAGGCAGAUACUGGACCUGAGAUCGAAAGACACGUACGAAGAGACAGUGAAGGAGGCAGUAAAGCUGAUCAACUCGCCUGACAACCCAGCCCCAGGCUCCGAUAGCGACUCUGACGACGAUACGCUCGAGGAGUGGGCGGAGAGCAUGAUGGCCAAGAAACCAACCAAGAUGGUCGAAUAUCACCGCUCGGAGAAGUACAGGCCAGAUCAGGGCUUCAGCGUGGUUGUGGCGGGGCUGACAAACAUGAAGCCACCCGGCGCCUUCAAGUCGGCCAGGCUCUUCAAGGAUAGACCGAGGCCUGGCAUACGGCAAAAUCUGGACGCCCCACGCAAUGGUAACGGUAACGACGAAGUCGUGGAUAUGGGGUUUAUGUAG